GCGGAACGAGGGCAGGGGGUGAACGGGGGUGCGGAAGGAUCGCCGCCGCGCCACCUACCGGCCUCAGUCAGUGUGGGUCAGACGCGGCGGCCGGCCACUGUGCCUUCACCUCCGACCUUGCUCCCUCCGCUUCAGCCUCCACAACACCAAGAUGGGGAAAAAGGUGCCCGUGGAGGACCUGGUGAUCCCGCCGCAGGACACGCGGAUCUGCGGCACCAUCUGCAUCUGCCAGAUGACGGCGGUGCUGAGCAGCGUGGCGCUCGUGUACCUGACGGUGGCGGUGUACAUGCCGGCCUACCGCGCCUUCAAGUCGGGCAUCAGCGAGACGCCGGUCAUGUGCACGACGACGCGCAGCACGCAGCAGGAGAUGUGCGCGUGGGGCUCGUGCGGCGAGUGGUGCCUGAGCAAGAGUUCGGGCGCGUGCACGCAGAUCUUCGUCAACCUGCGGCGCAACGGCUCCGACCUGGUCUUCUACAACUGCAGCAACGCGGCCAACAAGACGUGCUACGGCAUCGACCAGGAGCACGCCAAGAAGAGCCGCUGCAUCGUGGACGAGUGCAAGAACCUGACCGGCACCUUCAACUGCACCAUGGGCACCUGCAUCAACAUCACCGACGCCUUCGAGUGCGUGUUCGCGCAGACCGAGGUGCCGCUCAAGUGCUCCGGACGCCGCGGCAAGAUCACCUGCAUCGAGAUGGACGGCCUGCACGACUGCAACCGCGGCACCUGCGCCAAAAUCAAAACGCCCUACAACUGCGACAGACGCUGCGUCGACAUCCCCACCAGGAACAAAAACACCAUCCUCCUCUCCGGCGACAAGGUGUAUUUGUCGCAGUGCCUGAAGGCGGUGACGGUGGACGACGAGGGCGAGGAGGAGAUCUACUCGUGGGAAAAGGACGACGGCGGCGAGGACUCGUACGUGGUGAUGGCGUCGUGCUACACGAUCGCCAACACGAGCCGCGGCAUCGAGGCGAGCGACUGCAUCAACGGCAGCCUGGUGGCCAAGAACGUGAUGACCGACCUGACCAACUUCACCUACCUGCUGGGGCUGAGCGCUCAGGGCGCGGUGGAGAAGGCGCUCGACCCCACGGGCCGCGUGGCGCCGCUCGAAACCGACCUGAUCAUCGCCAACGAGAGCAAGCUCAUGAUCAACCAGGAGGGCUGCGUCAACACCCUGAUGGACGAGUGCGCCGCCUUCCUCAGGGACUUUGGCAAGGACGGCACCGACCACAACGCCAGGGCACGCUUCCCCUGCUUCUACGCUGACCACGACCCCACCACGGCCAUCACCAGGUUCGACAUCGAGAAGACGCACAAGGAGUUCGUGGUGGCGUGCGUGGUGCCGGUGGUGCUGUUCGUGGUGUCGUGCACCUGCCUGGUCACCUGCCAGAAGAGCGUCGUGGUCGGCGACGACGCCAAGAUGCGCUUCAAGGGCUGCGGCGGCGCCAAGGGGGCAGCCGCAAACGCCGCCGACCAGCCGCCGGAGCUGCCGCAGGACCCCGAAGCCGUGCCCCCCGCCGCCGACAAGACCGCCGAGACCGAGGAGGAAGAGGAGGAGGGGGCGGUCGGCGGCGCCGCCAUAGCACUCUGAGAUCCGUCCCGCAUUCCUCUCCUGGCAGCAGAGUCGCCGACGACGUACGACGCGCCGCCGUCGCUGCUGGCGCUGGCCCACCUGGACGGCCGCUGCUGAGGCCGUUGCCGUCGACGCCGACGCCAACGCCGCCGCGACUCUGCACCGCGACACGCGAGGGGAACUGCGCGCGCUCUUCGCAUUAUUUCUGACUUUCACUCACUCACUCAAACAAAAUCACCCUCUCUGUCUGACGCACCCUUCUUUUGCAGCCGGAUAGACGCACAACUCACUUUUACUCGACUGUAUAUAUAUUAAGAGCAGAGACAAUAAUUGCAAAGCUUCUACUUUACCCGAUUAUAGCGCAGUGAUACAUAUUUAAGGUUGCCGCAGCAUUUUAGCGCAGUGCUUAUAUUCAGCAAUAAUCGAGAGUGUAUUUCCGCGCGCGCGCCGCCAUGCCACUUUUGACUGCAGUGUAGUUUUCACCCCCUAGUUCGGACGAAAUAAAAUGU